AGAAAGUUGAAACGGACACUGCUUGUUAUCAAUCUUCAUUUCCAGAAGAACCUCUCUCCGUCUGUCUCUCUCUCUAUAAGCAAAGAGAGACCUUGGUGUUCAUAGUUCUUGAAAGUUGAAGAAAGUUUUCAUCUUCUUCAAUGGAAAAGGAGGACGAUAAUAAUAAAACCAAGGAACCUUUGAAUGGCUUCUCCCCAGUCUCUUCAACUAGGAUCUUUUGGAAAUCUAGAAAGAGAUCAGCUAGCGGGAGGAAUUUAGACAAGGUAACUGAGGACAAUGUUAAUGAAACACCCAACAAACAGGAGGAAUCUUCCAAUGAUGAAAAGAUGCAGGACCAAAAUCUAACUCCAGAGCUUUCUGAACGUCGAAAGGCCCUCUUUGAACCGUUGGAACCUGUAACAAAUAUCAAUGGCAAGAGAUCAUCUGCAGAAUCCCUACUCCCUCCUCCAGAUUUUGAUGCUGCAAGCUAUCCCAAGGGCUGGCUAAUUGGAAAGAAGCGAAAGCUUGUUAAUGUAGAUGUUGUUGAGAGCAUGAGGAGGAUUGCCGUGCAGGAAAUGAACAGAAAGGACCGAGAAAUUGAUGGCCUAAAUGAGCAGUUGGAAGAAGAUGCACGGUGUCUAGAACAUCUCCAACUCCAACUUCUGCAAGAAAAAAGUAAACGUGCUGAGGUAGAGAGAGAGAAUGCUAUGCUGCAAGACCAGAUAUCAAUGCUUAUGAACAUGCUACAGGAAAAUGAGCCAAUGGGCGAUGAAGAUCUGGGGAAUGAAGGUCCUGAUGAACCUUAAAUAUGUUUUGAUUAUUUAUUCUUUUUGUAGGUUUGUUGGGGAAAGUUAGAAGAAUUCAUACAUGAACAUACACGCGGUUUUGUCCAAAUAUUUGUUGGAGGUCAUGUUACUGUAUCUGUUGAAAUGGGCGCACCUUGUGCACGCUUGUUGCUGUUUGUAGUCGUGUCUCCUUCCUAUCUUGUAAAUGCAUACAGGCCUCUGGUAAUUUGUUCA